AAAAUCUUGAAAAAUAAUCAGUUUGAAUUUUUUAGCCACUGCAGUAUCACUAAUUCAUAAUUUUCUUUUUGGCACUCUCAAGCUUCACCAUUUUGAAUAAAAUUCUAUCGCACUUUUAUGUAAUACAUACGAGCUCAAAUCUUAUCACUGAUCAGUUUUGAUUGACAAAUUGGGAAAUUUCGCAAAAAAUUCUGCUCGAAAAGGAAUGCAUUUUCAGCAACUUUACCAUUUCUAUUUUGAGUGGACACGGCACCGGAAUGAAUUUCUUCUUGGGAAUUAUUGUUGGGAGUGUUCUCCUUGGAACUGUGGCCAUUGCCCAAGAACAUCCUCUUGAGGAAGCUAAUGAAUACAUCCAAUCUUAUCAUCGGUUGUACGAAGGAACCAAGGAUAAUGUUCGGUUCUACAUGGCGGAUACUUCACGACCUAUCUUGGAUCAAUGUGUGCAGAUUGUCAGUGAUGAGAUUGAAAGAUGGGACAGCCGGAAACUAUCUUGUCGUAAUUUGACUCCAAGGAAUACGGAAGAAAUCGGUGAUGCUUUGAGGGAUUGUGCCUCUGAGGCUGCAGAGACGAUCUACGCUAUCCAGAACAAUGUCUAUAUGGAAUUGGAGGAGAUGCAGCGAGAAUCUGUCCAGCUGCAAUUCACUGUUAUGAGGAUGCUGAUUGAUUUCAACCUUCUGAGGAAUUAUAUGUAUUUCCUAGAUGAAUUCAUGACAAUCCUUAAUGAUGCGUACAACAGAUUGCAGAACCAUUUUGUUCCCGUUUUGGAGGAAGCCCUGGAACCUCUUCUUGCUGCCGAAGGUACCCUUCCUCAGCAGACACAGGCUUGUGUAGAUGCUAUCUCCCGUAGAUUCAGAAACCUUUGUUGAGUUCUGAA